AUGUGCCCCUUAAAUGACACCAGGUUCCCCCCCACCUGCUUCCUCUUGUUGGGCGUUCCAGGUCUUGAAGAGAUGCACGUUUGGAUAGGUUUUCCUUUUUGUUGUAUAUAUUUGAUUGCUCUUGUGGGGAACAUCACUAUCUUGUUUGUGAUCAAGACUGAACACAGUCUUCAUCAGCCCAUGUUUUACUUCUUGGCCAUGUUGGCCUCUGUUGAUCUGGGCCUGUCUACAUCUACUAUUCCCAAGAUGUUGGGCAUAUUCUGGUUUAAUUUAAGGGAAAUCAGCUUUGGGGGCUGUAUCACCCAGAUGUUCUUCAUUCAUAUGUUCACUGCUAUGGAGACUGUUGUGUUGGUUGCCAUGGCCUUUGACCGUUAUGUUGCCAUUUGCAACCCUCUCCGGUACAGCCUGAUUCUCACUAACAAAACUAUUGGACUCAUCCUUGUGGUGGUGUUUGGUGUCAAUUUCAUUUUGGUUAUCCCUCUGGUGUUUCUCAUCUUGAGGCUUCCCUUUUGUGGGCACCAUAUAAUUCCACACACAUAUUGUGAGCACAUGGGAAUUGCUCGGCUGGCUUGUGCCAAUAUAAAGGUAAAUGUGAUAUUUGGAUUAAUUCUUAUAUCAAUGGUGCUUAGUGAUGUGAUUCUGAUUGUCAUCUCCUAUGUAAGAAUACUCCGUGCUGUCUUCUGCCUUCCUUCUCAGGAUGCCAGACGCAAGGCCCUUAAUACGUGUGGCUCCCAUAUCUGUGUCAUCCUAGUCUUCUUCACUCCAGCAUUUUUCUCUUUUAUGACCCACCGGUUUGGCAGGAAUGUUCCUGGAUACAUUCACAUUCUCCUGGCCAAUCUAUAUGUUGUUGUUCCACCUGCUCUUAAUCCUGUCAUCUAUGGAGUCAGGACCAAGCAGAUUCAUGAGCGGGUAUCAAGCUUAUUUUUGAGAAAAGACUAA